CGUUGGGGCCCGGGCGGUAGCCCAGAGAUCCGCGGCUCGGCCCGCGACUUACAGUCACUUUGCCUGCUGCGGGCGCUUCCGGUUCCGGUACGAGGAACCACACGGGAUCCGAGGCGGCGGGCAUGGCGGGGAGCCGCCUGGAAACCGUGGGGAGCAUUUUCUCGCGGACGCGGGACCUGAUGCGGGCUGGUGUGUUGAAGGAGAAGCCCCUCUGGUUUGACAUAUAUAAUGCCUUCCCGCCACUGAGGGAGCCGGUCUUCCGAAGGCCCCACUUGCGAUACGGCAAAGCGAAAGCUCACAUCCAGGACAUCUUCUACCACGAGGAUCGGAUUAGAGCGAAAUUUUAUUCAACCUAUGGAUCUGGUCCAAAAGCUUUUGAUCUGUUCAAUCCAAACUUCAAGUCUACCUGUCAACGGUUUGUGGAGAAGUACAUUGAGCUACAGAAACUUGGAGAAACAGAUGAAGAGAAGUUAUUUGUGGAAGCAGGGAAGGCUUUAUUGGCAGAAGGUGUCAUCUUAAGACGAGUAGGAGAGGCAAGGACCCAACAGGAUGGUAGUCACAUUUCCUGGAAAUCUGAACCCAUGGGUGUCGAGCCCCAGACUGCGUUGGAGGAGAACCAGUCUCUGAAAGAAGAUCCACAGGCCCAGCAUUUGGGGGCACCUGGAGAGCAGUCGACAGGCCUCCCACCUCCCUGAAGAACUUGUAUGCUGUGUAUACUGACAUCCAAACUGGAUUCACUGCGUGAAUGUUGUACUGUUUUUAACAGUUGAACUGUGUAAAUGUUUCUUGAUCUCUAAGGCAUCACGUUUGCCUUCUCUUGGUUUCCACUUCUAGGUUGUCAUAAAGCUCUGUAUCAUGGUUUGAAGAAGCAGUUAUGUGAACUUUCAUGUUAGGACGGCAUUAAACAAAGAAUUCCUCGGUGCUUAUAAAGUAAAUGUACUUUAAAACUGUAAA